AUUAAUAAUCAGAUGAAGAAUUCAAGAACAGGAAGCUACGAUCACACGGCGAAAGAUUCCAAACCGAAAUUCGGAAACAUGCUGCAGCACUCCGCCGAUCAGGAGGAAUAUUCCUUUCGCCUGAGCAGCACGUCGGAAGCCAUCCCGGCAUCCCACGACGACAGGCCGCCGCCUCCGACAUCCGACGCCGGCUCCACCUGCAGCGGCACCCCGUGGGACCAAUCGCCGCCGUUUUCUAACCCGUCGUCCUGGGACGGCGUCUCCGCCUCCCCGCUGUCGAAAUCGCCUUGGUCAUCCCACGUGGCGCCGGAAUCCUCGUACGCUUACACCGGCCUGAUGGGGUCCCUCGUCCGCGAAGAAGGCCACAUAUAUUCUUUGGCCGCCUCCGGCGAUUUGCUGUACACGGGUUCGGAUAGCAAGAACAUCCGGGUCUGGAAAAACCAGAAGGAAUUCUCCGGGUUCAAAUCGAAUUCCGGGUUGGUGAAGGCCAUCAUCAUCGCCGGCGAACGUAUAUUCUCCGGGCACCAGGACGGGAAAAUCCGGGUCUGGAAGGUGUCGGGCAAGGAUCCGAGCGUCCACAAACGAGUCGGGACCCUACCCACUUUCAAAGCCAAGAUCAAAAGCUCUUUCAACCCGGAAACAAUCUGGAUCAAACACGUGGACGCGAUUUCUUCGCUGAGCCUGAGCGAGGACAAAUCUCUGCUCUACUCCGCCUCGUGGGACAAGACGAUCAAAAUCUGGCGGGUAUCCGAUUCGAAAUGCUUAGAAUCGAUCAGCGCGCACGACGACGCCGUGAACUCCGUCGUGGCCGGGUUCGACGGGCUGGUGUUCACCGGCUCCGCCGACGGGAGCGUGAAGGCGUGGCGGAGGGAGAUGCAGGGGAAGGGGACGAAGCACUUCUUCUCGCAGACGCUGCUCAAGCAGGAGUGCGCGGUGACGUCACUCGCCGUCGACCCCUCCGCCACGGUCCUGUACUCCGGCUCGUCGGACGGCCUGGUCAACUUCUGGGAGCGCGACAAGUUCCUCUCCCACGGCGGCGUGCUGAGGGGCCACAAGCUGGCGGUGCUGUGCAUCGCCACCGCCGGGAACCUAGUGCUGAGCGGGUCCGCCGACAUGAACAUCUGCGUGUGGAGGAGGGUGGAGAGAGACCACGUCUGCUUCUCGAUACUCACCGGCCACGGCGGUCCGGUGAAGUGCCUCGCCGUGGAGGACGACAACAGCGGUGGCGAGGGGCAGUUCAUGGUGUACAGCGGCAGCCUCGACAAGUCGGUGAAGAUAUGGAGAGUCUCCGGACAGGCGGCGGCGGCAAUGCCGCCACCACCGCCGCAGGAAAAUCACGGCUCGGCUCCGGCGAUUCCGUCGGCUCUUAGCUUCUCAUCAAAUAAGGGUAGCAGUAGGAUGACACAAAGUAGAAGAAAACACUGA